GCUGCGGUAACGCUCUCGGAGCUUCAACGUCGUGUUUGCACCGGUUCUGGUCCCGCAGGGACACUGUUUUGUUUUUCAUUCCACGUUACGAUUUCGUAACUUAAUUGUCAAAGCUGAUCACAGUGCUUUCUGACUGGGAAGCACUGCAAAGCCGAUUCUGCAAAUUUUGUAUGGACACAUAAGUAGCUACUACGUAACACAAUUCCUGCUUAUUAUUAAUAUGCGAUUGAGUAAGAAGAUAUGGAAAGCUGAAAGACUUCAUUAUCACAGUUAACAACGUUUAGAUUUCCACGUGCUUUUACACUUCUACUGGUUAAUCAUCACUUUAGUGUCGUUAAGCACCACUGGAACGGAUGGCAACAGGAGGAAGAGAACCUAGGGCUCAUCUCUGUAACACACACAACAAAAAUAUGCUGGGCUUCAGCGAAGCACAACAGCUGCUGCCAGCUGUUCCUAGGAGCCCAGCACAUCCGUAUAUACUGUAAGGCAAAGGAACCAAAACUGGGGUUAAUUUUAGGAAGGAUUUCUGUGACUUCUGCAGCUGCACAAAUUUAGAUUGUGAUAGAAGUGGACCUCAGGCUCAGGAAAACAGGCAUGCUCACUGAGGGGCUGUGGACAUACAUGCAUUAUUAUGUGGGCAUUCAGUAUUAUCAACUACUGUGAAAUUCCACAUUUUAGAAACAAUUAACAGAGCAAUUUCUUGCUCUCUGAAUUGCUGUAGUACCAUCCUUAAAUGAAAAUACUCCCUUUCUUUGACUAAUUUUAAAAAACUAAAAUCCUCCCUAACAACCGAAGAAACAAAUACAAUUUUAUUGGGUUAUUGCCCUGUAUUGUUGUGUAAUCCUUACCUUCUGCAUUUGCACUGACUUGUUUUCCCUUCUGCUACCUGGCAUACCUGGUAGGAAAAACAGAUUGCAUGCUUUAAGCCUGUAAUGCACCUGGUGCAUUUAGUGGGAGGAGAGCCUGAAGGGGAUGGGCCAGAAAGAAAGGAACUGUCAAUGGGGCUGCUUGGCUUACCAUGGUAGCCAAACUUUAUCAGUGAUUCCUGGUGAACUAAGUAAUGCACUUGAGUUCUUUUCUAACCAACUGGUUUAGCAGUUUAUUCUGGGAAAGGUCAUUGAAAGGCAGAGACUAUUACUCAGCUGUGCAAUAAGAAAAGGGAUUGGGUAAUUGCCAAGAACAUUCACAGCAAUCAGUAUCAAAAAGAAUAUUAAAACACCAAAAAAUAUAGAGUGGCAUAGAUGUUAGCUGUUUAUCAUCAGUUGCAACUCCUUUUAAUUUCCAGCAGAUUGAAAGAUCACAAACAACUGUCCUUUAAAAACAACAGGGAAGAACCAAUCCCAUCUGGCAAUAAUGAGGUAUUUUUACCUCUGUAAGCUUCCAGGAAGAGUUAUGGGAAUCCGACUACUACGCUUUACUUCUGUGGUGAUCAUAAUCUUACUUCUUGUGGCAGGAACUUUAACAGCUUUGCUCCCCAGUAUCAAAGAUGACAAAAUACUUAAUUUUAAAAGGGAAUCAAAAACCCAGAGUCAGCCUGCAGUAGAUUCAUUUACUCUUAUUAUGCAGACAUAUAACAGGACUGACUUACUACUGAAAUUAUUAAACCAUUACCAAGCCAUCCCCCAUUUACAUAAAGUAAUUGUUGUGUGGAACAACAUUGGAGAGAAGAUGCCAGAGAAGAUGUGGAAUUCCUUAGGCCCUCAUCCUGUUCCUGUUAUUUUUAAAGCUCAAUCUGUAAAUCGCAUGAGGAACAGACUCCAGAACUUUCCUGAGCUAGAAACAAAAGCUGUUUUAAUGAUGGAUGAUGAUACACUCAUCAGUGCUCAUGACCUUACUUUUGCCUUUUCUGUUUGGCAGCAAUUUCCAGAACAUAUAGUGGGAUUCAUUCCUAGAAAGCACAUUUCUACUCCUUCAGGUGUAUACAGUUAUGGCAGCUUUGAACUGCAGAAUCCAGGAAUUGGAAAUGGAGAUCAAUAUUCUAUGGUUCUUAUUGGUGCAGCGUUUUUUCAUUGUAGGUAUUUAGAAGACUUUCAAAGACAACCAGAAGCUGUUUACACUUUAAUAGAUGAAACUCAAAAUUGUGAUGAUAUUGCCAUGAAUUUUCUGGUAGCAAGGCGUAUUGGAAAGCCUUCAGGAGUGUUUGUGAAGCCUGUUGAUAUAAGAAAUUUAGAGAAAGACACAAACAGUGGCUAUUCUGGGAUGUGGCACCGAGCAGAGCAUUUGUUACAGAGAUCUUACUGUGUAAAUAAAUUGGUUAAUAUUUAUGAUGGCAUGCCUUUAAAAUAUUCUAAUAUAAUGAUUUCCCAGUUUGGGUUUCCUAAUUAUGCCAAUCACAAAAGUAAAGUGUAAAUCAAUGAAUUUAAGGGGUUAGAUGGUAAUACUCAGCGAGUUGUACCAAGUACAAGGAAAGAAAAAAAGUGUAAUUACUGUAUCUUGGCCAUCCUUAUUUGCAGCCUUUGAGUUCUUUCAUACGGCAUUAUGGCAUUCCCCCCUCCUACUCUUUCUUACCAAGGUAAAUUUUCAGAAUUUUUUUAAUAUAUAUCUUAAUGUUUAGUUGUAAUAAAAUCUUCCUCUUCCCAUAACCUGAGAGGUGUUUACAACUAGGCCACUUCUUCAGAAACAUGCAACCAAAAAUGUACCCCUAUACUUGAGUGUUCAUAAUCUGAUUUUUUAUUUUUAUUGUGUCCCUAGGUAAGUAAGCGUGGUUUUGCUGUGUGUGGAGAAGAUUCCUUCCCCUGCUUUUCCCUCUCCUUCUCCUCCACACACUUCCUACUGAAACUGUAAAAGGGCUACAACAAACAGACUAGGCUCCUAGAUUCCUGUACAAAACUCUUUUACAUCUGUAUGUAAGCUUUGUAUUCUGAGAUAUUCCUGAAGCUGCUGUGAAGGCAAACCAGAAGAAGAGUACCCCGCUUUGAGCUUAGUCCUAAAACCAUUGCCUACAAUAUCUACUACUGCUGAGGUUGUGAAGAAGGAUCUCUUUGAUACAUCUUUUUCUCUUAUUAAUAAUUAGCCUAGAGUUGCUGAGAUUGCAAACAGUUGAAAGGUAAAACUUACCAGUUGGAAACGAAAGAAACACUUGAAUACAUGAAAUAUGAAAAUUAUAUAUGCAGUCUAAUCAAUGAGAUUGUUUAUCAAUACUGUCUUUAGUAUUUAGUUUUCUUUUGGUAUAUUGUGUGUAUGUUGUUACAAAAUUGUGCCCAAGUAAAUCUUUACUUCUAAAAUAUGUCUUAUUUCCAAUUGCUAAUGAGAGCAUGCUGCUCUACAUUUUUUCUAGUUUGUACACUUUGUAAUAUUACAGGUCUACUUUUUUUUUUGAACUGAUCUUUCACAUGAACAAUUUGUGAUUCCUUUUAUCUCUGUUUUUGGCAGCUAUGACAACAGAAUUAAAAUAUGCAAUAAAUGUGUAAAACAUGUGUUUUAAGGUACAUGUGCUAUGUGAUGGACUGGACUAUUAUCAGUCUUUGAAUUAUGUGGCUUAAUCUGUGGCAAGAGAGCAAUUUUUAGUAACUUCUGUUUUAUUAGAAACAGCGUUAACAUAGGAAAAAUUUCACUGUAACUACAUAACUAUUUUGUGGUAUGGAUGAAAAGCAAAAAAAAAAGCAGUGAUUUUUUUUUUGUAUCAGAAGAAUCAAAUCUGCCAUCUGAUCUAGGUUUAAUCCCACCUACGUCAGUUUUAAUUUAUUUUCAGUACUAGUUCAGAAGUUGGUAAUCAAUAACAGCUAGUGUCUACAAUACACCAUCUAUACAAUUGGUGUAUGAUUAUUUUUUAAUAAAUUACCUGGACGAAAACAGUCUUUGAAAUAUGACAUUCUUACAGCUGUUUCUGGAUAUGGGCUUUUCGGGUUUCUUUCUGGAGAACAGAGGAUUCUUUUGUUUUGUCAUAUCAGUGUUGAAGAAUUUAUGUUCAGUGAAGGCUUCCUAAUAUUUCUAUAAGACUUAAGAAAAAAGCAAGCUUCUUAUAUCAAAUUAAAGUCUAUUCAUUUUUGUUGUAAAUUGUAUUUACUAGGCUGUAGUGAUAAGCAAAAUCCAAACAAAACUAUGUGAGAAGUGCAACUAGAAGUGCAACUUUACUAGUGGUAGCUUCCUGCAUUUCAUUCGUUUAUUGGGCAUCUUUAAUUUCUGUUCUGUACAGUAUUAUGUUACAUUUCCACGAUUUUAGUUGUAUUUUACCUUUUAAAUUGUGAACUGUCAACUCAGCUGAAUUUUAAUCUUGAGGGUUUGUUUUUUGAGGGAAAAGGGAUUGUUUGGGGCUUCCUGUUUUGUCGUCUUUUGUUGUUUUCUUUUUUAGCAGGAAGCUCUUCUGUAUCAGUGAAGGAAUGAAUAGAAAAGCUUUUAUUAUUCUGGUAAAUUUAAUUUGUACCUUUGUCAAAUAAAAUACAUUAAUUGA